AUGGAAGUAGUGCAGAAAGAACACAGCCGACUCCUCAAGAGGACCGAAGGUGCUCAGGGUAUCAAGAAUGUGGACUCUGCAAUUGAUUCACUGCAGUCUGCCCGUGAUGCCAUCGCUGCUGAUCCAUCUUCUGCCUCUGCCGCUCUAGCAACCCUUCAGAACUCGGUGAAAUCUUCGUUUGACUCUAUCAAUGACAGCUUGAAAGAGACUCACAGUGGCCUCAACAAGUACACCAAAUCUCUAGAUAAGCUUUUCAAAGAUCGACCACUGCCUGGAACCGACGAAGAUGGCCUCUCUACACACGAAAACCUCAUCAACCGCGCCAUCGCCAUGCAUCUCCUUCGCGAAGGCCAGUUCGGCGUGGCCGCCACCUUCCUUUCCGAGAUUGCCGAGCAGAAGACAGUGUAUCCAGUCUCCCAAAAUGGACAUGGGCCGACGAAUCCACCCGCCAGCCUGCUCGAUAUGGACGAAGUCCCUUCGACCGAGAUCCGGAAACAAUUCGCCUCAAUGUAUUAUAUGCUACAACAAAUACAAGAGAACAGGAACUUACUUCCUGCAAUCGAAUGGUCGAGGGAUAACCGCGAGGCGCUGGACGCGCGGGGUAGCAACCUUGAAUUCGAGCUCUGUCGACUACAAUACGUAUGGCUGUACCAUGGUGGGGCAAACAGUGAGGGAACCGCAAGUGGAUGGCUCGCUGCACUUGAGUACGCACGGCGGGAGUUCCAUGUGUUUGUGCCCCGAUAUUUGAGAGAGGUUCAGCAGCUGGUCGGAGCAAUGGCGUACUCACCCAACCUCGGCGGGUCACCAUAUGCGGCUCUCUUCAAUAACAGCUCGGCUUGGGAUGACGUAGCUCACUUCUUUACUCGCGAGUUCUGUUCUUUGCUAGGUCUUUCGGCGGACUCGCCGCUGUACAUUGCUGCUACAGCGGGGGCGAUAGCUUUGCCUACGCUAUUGAAGCUACAAACGAUUAUGAAGUCGAAGCGGACGGAGUGGACAUCGGACAACGAGCUUCCGGUCGAGAUACCCCUCCCUCCCCAAUAUCUCUUCCACUCUAUCUUUGUCUGUCCGGUGUCAAAGGAGCAGGCGACUGAUGAGAACCCUCCUAUGAUGAUGCCAUGUGGACAUGUCAUUGCACAUGAAUCGUUGAGGCGCCUGGGCAAGGGUAAUCGGUUUAAAUGCCCGUAUUGCCCUAGCGAAAGCCACCCCAAGGAUGCCAGGAAAGUAUUCCUGUAA